AUGUAUUUUUUACUUGCUAAUCUUUCCUUUCUGGAUAUAUGGUUUUCUUCAGUCACCGUUCCAAAGAUGUUGGUUGGGUUCUUGUUUGAUAAUACAAUCUCAGUUUGGGGCUGUAUUGCUCAGAUGCACUUUUUCCACUUCCUGGGAUGUGCUGAAGGUGUUUUACUUGCUGCCAUGGGUUAUGACCGAUAUGUUGCUAUCUGUAGCCCAUUACGGUACAACAUGAUUAUGAAUAAGACAUUUUGUACCCAGCUGGUUUUCACAUCAUGGUUUAUUGGUUUCUUUUCAGCUCUGAUUCAUUCAGUUAUGACGUCAAUGUUGCCAUUUUGUCAUUUUAACAAGGUCAGACACUUCUUCUGCGAUGUUAAACCAGUCAUUAAGUUAGCAUGCUCCCGUACAGUCAUUAACCAAGCUUUUUCGACAUGUUCCUCCCAUUUGACUGUUGUCAGCUUAUUCUAUGGCACGGCCAUGUGUACAUACCUUGGGCCUUCUUCAGAUGAUUCAAUAGAAAAGGACAAGGUUGCAGCUGUACUGUUUACUGUAAUCACACCAACCCUAAAUCCUAUCAGUUAUACUUUAAGGAAUAAGGAAGAAUCGUCGUAG